AUGUCACAACCUACCAUCAUCCCUCUCACCCCAUCUUCCUCUUCCUCUUCCUCCUCGAUUUCCAAAAGGAAAAACAUAUCUUCGGCAACGACCUCACUUGGACAAGAAUCGAUCGAACAUACCGUGCAAAUAUUGCACCAGAUAUGUGCUCACGAACAUGUUUUUCACGAGUUCUUCGCUGUAUUGGAUAAGUUGGAGAAGCCGCCGGUGAGAGCGACUGAGGGGUUAUAUUAUGAUAGGAAGGGGUUGUUCGUCGAUCCUCGGACCGGACUAUUAGCUAAGAGGGAGGAUGACAUGGAGGUAUUGCAGGGGAUGAUGAAGAAGAUUACGAACUAUCAAAGAGUCCUGCCCGAAAAUGUUAUCCCAGAAUACUGGCUUGACAAGAUUGAGCAUAAUUUCCUCUCAGCACUAUCUAAUGUUCAAAUCCACCUGCGUUCCGUCCCGGAACUAGAUCAUCAAGCAGGUUUGUUCGCCAAACCCAUUCCACCUAUUCUAUCUCCUACAUCGACGAAGACGAGGAAAAGGAAAGUACCAAAUUAUGCUUCUGGUAAACAUAAAGGUGAUAUAUCCGUUAGUGGAAUAGAAUUCAUUCUCAUCUCUUUUCCAUCAGAGAUUGAUGAUCCAGUGGAUCUGGGAUUCAACGAUCAAUUGAUGUUUGAGGAAUGGCAUGGUGAGAAGGAAAUUACUUGUAUAGGUCUGGGUAUGGCCAGAGUCAUCAACCAUAGAUGCAGUGAAAAUGUGUGUUGGCGAUUCCCAAGGGAUAAAAUGGAUUUCCAUACUGGUUUGCAAGAUGUAGGAUGUCUGAUUGGAUACUUCAAUAGAAAGAAGAAAUUGUUUGUCGGAGAACAGUUAUUUGCGUUUUAUUCCAAGAAUUUCGCUAGAAAUGAGUGUCGAUGUCAAAGUCGAGCGUAUCAUCCCCCUGGUCCGGAUCCAUUACCUACACCGCCCUCAUCUACUCGUUCCAAUGUAUCUCAAGUUCACACCCCAUCCUACACUAAUCCUCCUACUCCUACAUCGCUCAGCAGUCAAUCCCGAUGCAGAAAAUCAACCAAUCAGGGAACUACCGUCGGCGAUCCUGCCACAAAGAAACUUUAUGCUGACCCAGAUGAUAAUGAAGAUUUGGAUGCUCUAAGAUCUAUCUCACCGCCGGUUGCGAAACGACUUCGAACUGUAUUAUCGCCAGAAUCAGAUCUUGCAGAUAAUAAUGAGGAUUUCUUUGGGCAGAAAACUUCUAUACCUACGGAAGCAGAGGUAGUCCUCGAACAGCCAACACACGUUGUAUCUCUCGUUGAAGGCCUAGGAGUCAAGGGUAGCAGUUGGGAUACUCCGAUUGAGGUCGACUUCGAUGACGAAUUGUUGGAUGGUGGUACCUCACUGGACGUUGGACUGGAUGAUGGUACAGUAGAUUACGGACGCUUGAUAGUCAUUAUGGACGACGAAGGAGUUGAAGAUGAGAUUAAGGAAUCAGAUUUAGCAAGAGAGGAAGAAGAUGGGAGUGAAAUGAAUGGACUGGAAUCGAUCGACGAAGACGAAUGGCAAGCGAUAGUGAAGAGAAGGCUAUGCAACUCGACGACUCAUGGGUUCAAUGAUACCCGUGUGUCUGUAUACCCAUUGGCCCGCAAGGAAGAAGAAGAAGAAGAAAUCCAAUUUGUCAAGAUCGUCUCCAAGAAUCGUAACUGGACUGAAAAUGCUGUUGGGGGUUCAGUCAUAGAGCGAGAAACAGAAGAUCAAUUCACAGGUAGAUCAUCCAGGAGCAAACUGGAUUAUACAGGAUCUUGA